AGCCACUUUGGCCCAAGCCCAAUGGAGGCCUUCUGGUCUUCCUUUUGGCUCGUGCGCUGCACGCGCCAACUCGUGCGCGACAGCCUUUUCAAAGGCACUUUAUCGAAAUGCCACCUUCCGCCAUUUUGGCGCGACCUGCAGCCGAGCAAUGAACUCGUGCCGGGCACGGACGUGCACAUGGCAACGCUGAGCCCAGCAGAGUUGAAGGCCCUUCUUCCGGCCAUCAACGACUGGCGGUCGGUGUCCGUGUCGUGGGACGACUGGGCUUCGUACAACGACGCCGCCGGGGACGAGACGUCGGGGCAACCGGACAUCUUCGUCAAAACCAUAGAACACGAAAAGGUGUGCUUGGAGAUGGCUGACAAGACGUCGAGAGCAAUCACGACCAUUCUGGGCCAGGCCCCGUACCAGGCACGCGACUCCUUCGCGCUGGUUAUGGAGUUCCUCCACAGCCCAGUGGCCCUGAAGAUCUUGCAGGAGAACGUCGAGGACACUGCCACGAAAAAGGGCGUGACCUCCAAGGUGGGCGCCGUGCUCGCCGCGCACACGGGCCACCCGGCAGACUUGGUGGGAACGAGCUUCAACCCGUGGGUCCUCGCCCACUCAAGGUCGAAAAAGUUGUCUGCCCGGAAGGCUGCCUCCGAGCUCAGGAAGAUCGCCGCCAAUAGCCGGCAAUUCCAGGAGGCGGUGAACGAGCUGGAGCACAAGGGCGGCAUGGUGGACAAGCUGCUGGCGGCCCCGGCGGGCGAGCUGGCCACCGUGCUUGCAGCAAGCCCUGGCUGGCGCAGCUUCCGGGCCAAGAACUUCUCGCUUCCGCCAGCCGACGAGUCGGUGCAGCGACCACGGCCGGUACGCCACCACGCCAAAGGUGGUCCUCGCGGGGUCUGGGCCGCGCCGGGUGCUCUCCCAGCGCCUGGGGACCACGGCGUGGGUGCCAGGGAAACAGGGCCGGCGCGUCCGGAAGGUGGCCGCCCUGGAGAGCAGCACCGCCGGCGCCCUUCAGCUCUGGUCCGCCCUGCUGCGACAGUGCGCUGGCGAGCGGACCAAGGCGCUGGCGGCGGCGCGCAAGCUGGCCACGAAGCGCCACAAGACCCCUGCGCUGGAGCGCCUGCUGAAGUGGGCGGACAAAGCGCUGCUCCCGGACUACGGGAUGCAGUUCGCUUUCUGCGAGGAGAGCCAGCUGCUCUCCCGGCUCGCAGGCCCGGCCCCCCCAGACGAGGAGGCCGGCGACGAGAGCGACGUGGCGGCGGGCGACGACGGCGAUGCCGAGGUCGCUGCUGGGCCGGCCGCUGGUGGCGCGUAGGCCACGCGGGCCCUGGGCUGCGGCUGCCGCCCCUGCCUCUGGCCCCCCGCUCUCGGCUUUCGGGCAGAGGCCGCCCGCGGGGUUGGGCGGUUUCUGGAGCGGCGCCUCUCGGUGCGACGCGGACAAAUUGCUUUGCCGCUCCCCG